CUCCGCGUGAUGCCUCGGUCCGAUCGUCAAGCUGAGGGUUACCGUAUUUUCAUUGGUGGGGUAGAUCCCCGUGUUGGAAAAGUCGAGUUAGAAAGGGAAUUCGAUCGUUUUGGGCCCAUUGUCGAUGUGUGGGUUGCGCGCAAUCCUCCGGGGUUCGCCUUCAUCGUUUACAAGUACCUGGAGGACGCAGAGAAAGCGAUUAGAAGAAUGGAUAGAAGCAGUCCCUUUGGUUCACGAUUGAGAGUGGAGCAUGCCGCUAAUUCUCUGAAGUUUAAACUGGAGCCCUUCAGUGUCGGCAAAAUUUGGGUCGCCGUGACCGACCAAGAUCACGUUCAAGAAGCCGUCGAAGGCGCACCCCGUCUCCGAGACGCCGAAGGUCUCCAGCACAUCGUAGGCGCUCACCAUCUGUAUCCCGACGUCGCGACCGAAGUCGCCCAGAUGCCUCUGGGUCGCGACACCAUGCACUUCAUCAAAUGGAUUUUCACCUUUGACCUGUACAAAAGUGAAACCUUGACCCUGUUUUCGCAGGAUCGCUUUAAUCGCUCGUUUACUAAACUCAAUGGCACCGGUAUGUAUGACCUUCCUAAGGUUUACUGA